AUGGCUCCCAAGGUUGCUAUCGUUUACUACUCUAUGUACGGCCACAUCGCCACCCUGGCCGAGGCUGAAAAGCAGGGUAUUGAAUCUGCCGGUGGCCAGGCCGACAUCUACCAAAUUGCUGAGACACUGCCUGAGGAGGUCCUGACUAAGAUGCACGCUCCUCCCAAGAAAGAUCACCCCAUUGCCGACCCUGAUAAGCUCAAGGACUACAAUGCUGUGCUGUUCGGUAUCCCUACUCGCUAUGGUAACUUCCCUGCCCAGUGGAAGGCUUUCUGGGACCGCACUGGCGGCAUCUGGGCCACCGGUGGCUACUGGGGCAAGUAUGCCGGUCUGUUCGUUUCUACUGGCACCUUGGGUGGGGGCCAGGAGUCUACCGCCAUUGCUGCCAUGAGUACUCUUGCUCACCACGGCUUCAUCUACGUUCCUCUCGGCUACAAGACCAUGUUCCCCCAGUUGUCCAACCUCCAGGAGAUCCACGGUGGUAGCGCUUGGGGUGCUGGUACUUUCGCUGGUGCCGACGGUUCCCGUCAGCCCACCGCUCUCGAGCUCGAGAUCGCUCAGGGCCAGGGCAAGGCUUUCUACGAGCACGUUGCGCGUGUCAACUUCGCUUGA